CCACAUACUUCAUUAUUACUACAGUUUGAUUGCUAUGUCCUAAAAGCAGGAAGACACAACCCUAACCCAUUACAUGUAUAUGAUACAAGCCCUCAUAAUUGUGUAUAUAUAUACAGAUCUCUUCUUAAUUAGAUUUCCUUAUUCGUUAACCAAAUUGCCCAAUCUCUCUCUCUCUCUCUCUCUCUCUCUGCAAUGGAGCUUCUUCACUCUGGAACAAUACCAAGCACCCAAAAACUAGCCAUAGUAGUAACCAUGGCCAUAGCCCUCUUCACCAUAAUCCCCCUCCUCUACCCUUUCAGAGCAAACCCUAACUUCUUCCCCAAGCAACCUCCGGCUCCAAGCACUUCUCAUCAUCAAACCAGACCCACGUUUCUAACAGAAGCUGCUGUCGAGGAGAGCAACUGCGACAUAUUCUCCGGGAAAUGGGUCCCGAACCCCGACACUCCGUACUACACCAACACGACGUGCUGGGCGAUCCACGAGCACCAAAACUGCAUGAAGUUCGGUCGACCAGACUCGGGUUUCAUACAAUGGAGGUGGAAGCCCGACGCCUGCGAGAUGCCGGUUUUUAACCCUUUUCAGUUUCUCGAGAUUAUGAGAGGAAAAUCCAUGGCGUUUGUCGGCGACUCCGUUAGCCGAAACCACAUGCAGUCCUUGAUCUGCCUCCUCUCUCGGGUGGAAUAUCCCGUGGACGUCUCGGACAAUUCAGACGAGUACUUCAAGCGAUGGAAGUACGAGACGUACGAUUUCACCAUCGCAGCAUUCUGGACACCACACUUGGUCCGAUCCACCGAGCCCGACCCCACCCGACCCCACCACUCCGGUCUCUUCUACUUACACCUCGACGAGGCCGACGACAAAUGGACGGCCGAGAUCGGAGAUUUCGACUACCUCAUCAUCUCCUCCGGCCACUGGCACUACCGACCGUCUAUCUUCUUCGAGGACAGGGCACUUGUAGGUUGUCACUACUGCCAGUUACCGAACUUAACGGAUCUAACGAUGUUUUACGGUUACAGAAAAGCAUUCAGGACAGCGUUUAGAGCGGUAUUGAACUCGGAGAGCUUCAAGGGCGUGAUGUAUCUUAGGAGCUUUGCUCCGUCGCAUUUCGAAGGCGGGUUGUGGAACGAAGGAGGGAACUGUCUGAGAAAGCAACCCUACAGAAGCAAUGAGAUGGAUCUAGACGAGAGGAGCAUGGAACUGUACAUGAUUCAGAUGGAGGAGUUUCAGGCGGCGGAGAAGGAGGCGAGGAAGAGAGGGAUGAGAUUCCGAGCAUUAGACAUGACUCAGGCCAUGUGGAUGAGACCGGACGGUCACCCAAGCCGGUACGGUCAUCCACCCGGAGCCAAUGUCUCGUUGUACAAUGACUGUGUCCACUGGUGCUUGCCCGGCCCUAUUGAUACCCUCAACGAUUUCUUGCUCGCCAUGCUCAAACGAGAGGGCCGAGGUUUCAAGACUCGAUCCAGUGAUCGAAAAAUGCUGUCCUGAUUCUUUCUAUCUUAAUUUAUU